AGGUGCGUCUAUCGAAUUCGUUGAGCGCAACAAGACAUCGCAACGGCGUUCAUUGCGCAUGUACUGUUUUCCUUCACCAACUACUAGCGCACGAGUCAACAAUCGCCAAAAUAAAUUUGCCGUCCCGGUGAUAAAAACGUGUGUAUUAUCAAGAGCGUGGAAUUACAAAGCCGUCUGUUUCAUGCAGUACUCGGACAUCGAGCUGAUAGGAAAAUUUGGUAGCUUUAAGUUAGGUGAGCUCAUGGAGGAUAAGGUGAGCAACCCUGCCGAGGAUUCUGUUGAAAUGGGUGAUUAUGUAUCGAACUGGGACCUUUGCCCUGUGCAGGCAUAGCGCUUUCGUUAAGGGAAUGGUUUAAAUGUCUACUUGACGACAAACAAAUUACAAUCAAAUUAUUGGUACCUGUAAAUCAGCAUUUUUCCAUCUGAUCAUUUACGCGAGGCGAGAUGCUAGCUAACAUUAGCUUGUUAACAUGCUAAUUAUCAACAGAUAACCAACUUCCGAUUUGGAUCGAUCAGUGUGGUCAACGUCAGCUAACGUUAGCUCAUUCCAAAUAACGUUAGCUAACACUGAUGGCAUAUAUGAUUUCUGUUUUAGAUGUUAAAUGUAAAGCUGACAUAACGUUACCUAGAUAAUACGAAUGCUGUUAGCUACUUCCACAGUUAUUGGCUUGAAGGGUGAGUGGACUUAGCUGUCCUAGCUAACGCUAGCUAGGUGGUGACAUCUGUACUGUUAGUAGGCUAGUUAGCUAGCUACUCAACGAUAUGACGGCCGCAGUACCAAGUGUAUUUUGGGGAAUGCUACUUUAGAAGAUAUAAAGGCAACUGCCAAAACGACACCACACAGCUUGGACGCCUAUAGUAUUGUUGUACUGUCACGGUGGCCCGGUGGUCAAACACCUUCACUGCUUUCAUGUGAGAAGAGGGCCGUGGGGAGAUUCCUCGCUGGCAACUCCUGAAUUGCGCACGGAUAAAGUUGGCUUGCUAGCUAACUAAAGCCAUGCAAGCGGCACAGCUACAGUACGACUUUUUCAGCGAGGACAACGCACCGAAAUGGCGGGGGCUGCUGGUACCUUCUUUAAACAAGGUCCUGAGCCAGGUACACCCUAAGCUGUCAUCCCAAGAGGAGGCUCUGAAGUACAUUGAGGAGCUGAUCCUGUUACUUCUGAACAUGCUCUGUCAGGCACAGCCCCGCACUGUGCAGGAUGUGGCAGAGCGUGUACAGAAGAGUUUUCCCCACCCCAUAGAUAAAUGGGCUAUUGCUGACGCCCAGGCUGCCAUUGAGAAGAGAAAGAGGAGAAAUCCUCUUGCCUUACCAGUGGAUAAAAUCCACCCUUUACUCAAGGAGGUACUUGGUUAUAAAAUAGACCAUCAGGUGUCUGUGUACAUCGUAGCUGUGCUUGAGUAUAUCUCUGCUGAUAUCCUGAAACUAGCUGGGAACUAUGUACGCAACAUUCGUCACUAUGAGAUCUCCCAGCAGGACAUCACUGUGGCCAUGUGUGCAGACAAGGUGCUGAUGGAUAUGUUCCACCAAGACGAAGAGGACAUUAGUGUCUUCCCCCUGAUAGAUGAAGAGCCGUCAUCAUCUGAAGAACAGACUUACUAUGACUUGGUCAAAGCUUUCAUGGCAGAAGUUCGUCAGUACCUUCGUGACCUCAAUCUCAUCAUUAAGGUGUUCCGCGAGCCCUUUGCAUCCAACACCAUGCUUUUCUCAUUCCAUGAUGUGGAGAACAUUUUCAGUCGUAUUGUGGAUAUCCAUGAGGUUACUGUGAAGCUGUUGGGAUUGAUAGAAGACACAGUUGAAAUGACCGAUGAGGGUAGCCCACACCCUCUGGUGGGCAGCUGCUUUGAGGACCUUGCUGAGGAGCUGGCUUUUGACCCCUACGAGUCUUUUGCUCAGGACAUCCUGCGGAGUGGCUUCCACGAUCACUUCCUGAGCCAGCUCUCUAAGCCUGGGGCUGCGUUUUACCUUCAGUCUAUCUGUGAGGGUUUUAAAGAAGCUGUCCAGUACGUCCUACCUCGCUUGCUGCUAACCCCUGUGUACCAUUGCCUCCAUCACUUUGAGAUUUUAAAGCAACUGGAGGAGAAAAGUGAGGAUGAGGAGGAUAAAGAGUGUCUGAAGCAGGCCAUCACUGCAUUGCUCAAUCUCCAGAGCAGCAUGGAGAGGAUAUGUUCCAAAAGCCUCGCUAAAAGAAGGCUGAGCGAAUCAGCCUGCCGCUUCUACAGCCAGCAGAUGAAGGGCAAGCACCUGGCCAUCAAGAAAAUGAACGAAAUCCAGAAGAACAUCGAUGGCUGGGAAGGCAAAGACAUUGGUCAGUGCUGCAAUGAGUUCAUCAUGGAGGGAGCUUUGACACGGGUUGGUGCCAAACACGAACGUCACAUUUUCCUGUUUGACGGCCUAAUGAUCUGCUGUAAAUCCAACCAUGGACAGCCACGGCUUCCAGGAGCCAGCACCGCUGAAUAUCGCCUCAAGGAGAAGUUCUUCAUGCGCAAGGUGCAGAUCAAUGACAAGGAUGACAAAGAGGGCGAGUACCGCCAUGCCUUUGAAAUCAUCCUGAAGGAUGGCAACAGUGUCGUUUUCGCCGCUAAGUCCGCUGAGGAGAAGAACGGCUGGAUGGCGGCGCUGAUCUCACUGCAGUACCGUUCCACGUUGGAGCGCAUGCUGGACACUGCAAUGAUGAAAGAGGAGAAGGAGGAGCAGAUGCGGUUGCCUGGGGCUGAGGUGUACCGCUUUGCUGAGCCAGACUCCGAGGAGAAUCUGGUGUUUGAGGAGAAUGUGCAGGCCAAGUCAGGCAUCCCCAUCAUCAAGGCAGGCACGGUGCUGAAACUCAUCGAAAGACUCACCUUCCACAUGUAUGCAGACCCCAAUUUUGUGAGGACCUUCCUGACGACAUACAGGUCAUUCUGCAAACCCCAGGAGCUGCUUGAUCUGCUCAUAGAGAGGUUUGACAUCCCUGAGCCAAAGCCCACUGAAGCAGAUCAGAUGGCCUUAGAGAAUGGAGACCAGCCCCUGAGUGCAGAACUGAAACGAUUCCGCAAGGAGUUUGUUCAGCCUGUACAACUGAGGGUUCUGAAUGUAUGUAGGCACUGGGUGGAACACCACUUCUAUGACUUUGAGAGGGAUCCUCAGCUACUUCGACGCCUAGAGGAGUUUAUUGGCACUGUUCGAGGCAAGGCAAUGAGGAAAUGGGUAGAAUCCAUUACUAAGAUCAUCCAGCGAAAGAAGCAGGUUCAGGCUAAUGGGCCAAGCCACAACAUCACCUUUGAGAGUCCACCUCCUCCCAUUGAGUGGCACAUCAGCAAGCCUGGCCAGAUUGAUCAGUUUGAUCUCAUGACUCUACACCCCAUUGAGAUUGCUCGACAACUCACUCUCCUGGAGUCUGACUUCUACAGGGCUGUCCAACCAUCAGAGCUGGUGGGCAGUGUCUGGACCAAAGAGGACAAGGAGUUGAAUUCACCCAACCUUCUUCGCAUGAUCCGUCACACCACCAAUCUCACACUCUGGUUUGAAAAGUGUAUAGUGGAGACAGAGAAUUUGGAAGAGCGUGCUCUAGUGGUGGCUCGCAUUAUUGAAAUUCUGCAGGUUUUCCAAGAACUCAAUAACUUCAAUGGUGUACUGGAGGUGGUCAGCGCCAUGAACUCCUCCCCAGUCUACCGACUGGACCACACAUUUGAGCAAAUCCCAAGUAGACAGCGGAAGAUUCUGGAGGAGGCCCAUGAGCUGAGUGAAGAUCAUUACAAGAAGUACCUUGCCAAACUGCGGUCAAUCAAUCCUCCCUGUGUGCCCUUUUUUGGAAUCUAUCUGACAAACAUCCUGAAAACAGAGGAGGGUAAUCCUGAUUUCCUAAAAAGACAUGGAAAGGAGCUGAUCAACUUCAGCAAGCGAAGGAAAGUUGCAGAAAUCACAGGAGAAAUCCAACAGUACCAGAACCAGCCCUACUGUCUUCGCGUGGAGAAUGAUAUACGGAAAUUCUUUGAAAACCUCAAUCCCAUGGAGGAUAAAAUGGAGAAAGAAUUUACAGACUAUCUCUUUAACAAAUCUCUGGAGAUUGAGCCUCGCAAUGCCCGCACUCUCCCACGAUUUCCAAAGAAGUACAACUGCCCUCUGAAGUCCCCUGGCACACGGGUGUCCUCAGUUCGACCAGGGACCAUGCGCCAUCCCACCCCCCUACAGAAUGAGCCACGCAAGAUCAGCUACAGUCGCAUACCCGACAGCGAGAUGGAGGGUGCUGCCUCUGCGCCCAACUCCCCCCGCACACCACUCACACCGCCACCUGCCUCGGCUGCCUCCAGCAGUACCGACAUCUGCAGUGUAUUUGACUCACCACAAGGACCCUCAAGCCCCUUCCAUUCCAGAUCCUCGUCCGUUUCCUCCAUGGUGUAUAGGAGUACAGAAGAUGCUCCAGUGCCACCACCCGUUCCCCCUCGCAGACGUCCCGAGUCAGCUCCUGCCGAAUCAUCUCCCUCUAAGAUGAUGUCAAAGCACUUGGACAGUCCUCCAGCUGUUCCCCCUCGGCAGCCUACCACUAAGGUGUAUUCUCCACGUUACUCUCUGCCAGAACGCACCUCUGUUUCAGAUGCUCCAGACAGCCCACCUACGCUGCCCCCAAGGGAGCCGGUCAGAACGCCGGACGUCUUCUCUAGCUCCCCAUUGCAUCUGCAGCCACCUCCUCAGGGCCGCCGGGCAGGACCCGACGUGGGCCAAACCUUUUUUCCACCAAACUCCCCCUUCAGUCCUCUUCCCCCUCAGACACCUUCCCCGCUAGGACCCCGCAAACAACUGGCCUCCACCCAACUAGACUAUGAAGCUGUAACAGGUCCCCCAGGACCACCAAUUCCUCCCAGGCAGAGCACUGCUCAGACCAUCCCCAAACUACCCCCCAAAACCUAUAAAAGGGACCCAGCCCACUCUUCAUUGCACCGGGAUGGCCUCCCUUUACUGGAGAAUGUCAACCCCUCUUAGAUUCUGGAGAUCUUUGAGGGACAGGAAGAAAAGUAACACUAAAGACGACCAGUCUCCAUAACCCAUGACAUGUAAGACAUAAAAACAGAGUGGGAUUUUGCCUUACAAACAAGACUUUAAUGCCAGAUCACACAACCUUUGAGCAGUUCUGAUUGUCUUUUCCACACUGCAGACCAUUAGAAAUGGCUCUCCACCACAUCCACGGGAAUAGUGUGUAUUUUUAUUGUUCAUAAUGUACUUGUGAGUGAGUUUUUUUUUUUUUCUUUUUUUUUUUAUGUGGCUUGAUUUCAGCAACACCAUCCUCCCCAACAGCUAGCACAAGCACGUUCUGCGAAAGAAGCAAAUGACAAAUAUAUCACCAGGUUGCACCAACACUUCUGAGAAGCAAGGAACAAAAUGAAUGUCCUUACAUAUAUAACGACAACAACAAAAAAUCUGAAUUUAAAAGUGAAUGCACAAUAAAAUGGUGACCAUAGAAAACACUGAAGUUGAGUCAGUACUGGACACUGGUGACCACUGACCGAGUUCACUCUGUAAGCCAUCAUUACACCAGGAAUUUUGGAGUCUAAGAAAAAAAAAGGGACUGGGAAUCUAGUGGUGUUCUGGGCUUCACAGAUUCAUUCCAGUUCUAGACUAGUAGUUCUGUUCCUGUGCAGUACCACAGUUUAAGGUACCCUUUCACAUCAAAGAGGUACUUAUAAAACCGUAAAGGAUUUUUGUAAUAACCUUUGUUUCUCAAAAAUAAUUUGCUCUGCCCACAGGUAUGUAAAAUGGAUUGCUUCUUUAAACAAGGGAAUAAAAGUUUCUUUCAAUCAG